AUGCCGCCAUUCCGACAUCUGAGGCUGUGCUGUUCGUUGUGGCCGGCUUGUCGGCUGUUGCUACCUUUGCUGUGCUGUCUGACGAUGGCGGUGGCCGUGGUCGACGGCGCCUAUUUCAGCAUGUUCGGCCAGCAGAAGCCGCCCAGCAGGGACCCGUGCUACAACGUCCGCCACGAGCCGCUCCGCUGUGUGCCGGACUUCGUCAACGCCGCUUUCGGCAAGCCGGUGGUCGCGUCCAGCACCUGUGGCCAGGAGCGCCCUACCCGAUAUUGCCCGACCCGCGAACAUUACGAGGGCCCGCCCAGGGUGCCGACCGUCGACGAGUGCCACACGUGCGGCGGCGACGCCGGUCAACACCCCGCCUCGCUGCUCACCGACCACAACAACCCUCAGGACGUCACGUGCUGGGUGUCUGAGCCAAGCACCGACUACCCGAGCAACGUGACGCUCACCUUGUCGUUGGGCAAGAAGUACGAGGUCACUUACGUCAGCAUGCAGUUCUGUCACCGACGGCCGGACUCGAUGGCCAUCUACAAGAGCAUGGACUACGGCCGGACGUGGAUCCCGUUCCAGUUCUACUCUAGUCAGUGCAAGAAGUUGUACGGCAAGCUGCCGAACGUGCAGAUCUCCCGCCACAACGAACAGGAAGCCCUGUGCACCGACGCCCACAGCGCCGCCCCUCUUCGGGGCGACCGCAUCGCGUUCGCUACACUCGAGGGCCGACCCUCAGCGUUCGACUUCGAGAAGAGCCCCGUGCUUCAGGAUUGGGUGACGGUCACCGACAUCCGGGUGGUGUUCAAUCGGCUGAGCGUCGACCAGGCGGACUUGUACGGCAUCGGCAACGAAACGAUCAGUGAGCGCGUCCGGGAACAGUACUUCUACAGUAUGGCUGAUCUGGCAGUCGGUGGACGGUGCAAGUGCAACGGACACGCCAGUCGGUGCAUCCGCGACAAAACCGGUAACGCCGUGUGCGACUGUAAGCACGGCACGGCCGGCUCGGAGUGUGAGAAGUGCAAAACCUUCCACUACGACAGACCGUGGGGACGGGCGACGGCCGACGACGCCCACGAGUGUGUCCGUGAGUGUUAUUUUCCUCUGUAA